CGCUGGGAGUGUUUUCCCUCUGAAAAGGGAUCUGCUGUUGAAAUGGAGCAGUCCUGUAAUGGGACGUCGCUGCUACUUUAUACUGCUGCUAGAAGCUCAGCGUAAGUUUCGUCCACCUUACAGUUGAUUGAUUAUCCCUUACCUUCUACCAUAGAGGCCGGUAGUAGGCGCAUAGUCGCAAUGGGUGUACCCAAGGGCGCGGCGGCGGUGGUGUCGGCGAACGAGUGCGACUUUAUUCUCGCGGCGGUGCGCGAGGAGCAGCGCGUCGACGGCCGCAAGCCCUUCGAUUAUCGGUCAUGGGACGUCUCAUUCGGCAGGGAUGAGGGCACAGCAGAGGUGCAGCUAGGAAACACCCGAGUGCUCGCGUCUGUAUCAGCCGCCCUCACUCUACCCUUCCCUGACCGCCCCAACGAGGGCUCGCUGGCUGUCUUCACGGAGCUCGCCCCCAUGGCGGAUCCACGCUUCGUGCCGGGACGGCCAGGGGAAGAAGCCAUUGAGCUGGGCAGGAUCAUUGACAGGGGCCUCAGGGAGAGCCAUGCGGUGGACACGGAGUCGCUGUGCGUGGUGGCGGGGAGGGCAGCAUGGGCGCUAAGGCUGGACGUGCGAGUCAUGGAUAACGAUGGCAACCUGGUGGACGCCUGUUGCCUGGCGGCCGUGGCGGCGCUGCUGGCUUUCAGACGACCGGAAGUGACAGUAGGGGGGGACGACGGCAUGCAAGUGGUGGUGCAUCCGACGCAUGAGCGUGACCCCGUACCGCUAACGGUGCACAACCUGCCCCUUGCAGUCACCUUCGCCUUCUUCAACGACGGCAACGACGUGGUGAUGGACCCGAGCUUUAAAGAGGAGGCGGCUCAGGCAGGGCGGUGCACGGUGCUGGUGAAUGCGGUGGGCGACGUGUGCAGCGUGCAGAAGGGCAGCGGGGUGGGUGUGUCACUCAACCAGCUCAUGCGCUGCUCGCGCGUGGCUGCCUCCGUGGCGCAACACAUGCUCAAGACACUGACGGAUAAGGUUGACAACUGAGGGGAUGACGAUGCCUAUUGCGUC